AUGGCCGGAGACCCGAACGUGGUGGACAUGUCCGCAGGGCCCAACGCACCGAGCACUAUCGCCGAAGUGCUCGACCUACUCACGCCCGAGACGCUCGAGUUACGUCUCAACGACCACGCGAUUGGCGACGACGGGAUCCUCGAGAUCCUCCGCAAGCUCGCAGUGUACCGGUUCCAUCCUCCUCACGGCGUCGACCGGUCCUUGUUGGGCGAUACCCUCGGUAUCGACGCAGCAGCCGCGGCGUACGACUGCCCGUACUCUGCCGACGAGUGCGCCGCGCGCGGCGUCCGCGUGCUCGACCUCGCCAGGACGCAGCUCACCAUCCCGGGCAUGUGCUGGGUGUUCGCGUAUGCCGCGCUCGACGUGAACCUCGUGUCCGUCGACCUGAGCCGCAACUCGAUGGCCGAUUGGCGCCGCUUCAUGUACCCUGCCGAGCCGGCGCUCGACGACGAGGGCAACCCCCAGGCGAUCCAGGUUCCAGACGAACUGCACAACAUCUACACCAUGACGUGGGACAUGCCAGCGUCGAACCUCGCCCAGCUGCGUAUGGAGCAGGUGGCCAUGAGCGACGAGGUGGCCGGCGCGUUCGUCAACGCCCUGAGGGACGUCAAGUCACUGGAGACGCUGUCGCUCCGCGGUAACCGGUUCGGCGAGGAAGCCGUCAGGUCCAUUGCUGGGUUGCCGCUUAAUGUGUUGCGUCUCGAGCUCGACGGCUGCGGGUUAUCGCUCGGCAGCAUGGCGUGGAUCCUCCGCUCGUAUGGGACUACGCGGUCCAUCUGCGACCUCUCGUUGGCGAACAACUAUGAGGAGUUUGAGGAGGGCAACAACAGCGGCUAUGACCCGGUCGAUGUCGAGAGCGACAACCAAGAUUAUGAGCCCAUCCGCGAGGGCUGCGUGGCGCUCGGCAAGCGCAACUACAAGCUGCGGGAACGUGUCGGCGCCGCACUGAAGCGGUUCAUCGCGCCGGCGCGCAUCCUGCUCCACCCAACAGCGGGAUCACCGACACCCAUUGCUGCUCUCCCGCCCAACGUCCUCGACCUCAUCCUCAAGCACGUCUCAGGCGACCCUGGCGCCCUGUCCGCCGCCCAGUGGACCAAGGUGCUCGAGCACGCCCGCGACCGCACGACGAUUCUCCGCGCUGCCCGCCGAAUCUCGGUCGUCACGCGCUCGCGGUUCACCGGCGUAGGGGACGACGAACGCGCGUUCGAGGACUGGCGGCGGUCUCUAGGAUGUGCAUACUGGCGCGCUAUUUGA